CCAGAGCCUAGUAGUCACGGUGAGUUGGUUUCUGUACCAAGAUAUGGACCAUUCUUAACAGCUGGACAGGACAGGACUACCAUCCUUCAGCAGACCGCUAAGGAAGCAUGUGUGGGAAUUGACAAACAGACAGUCAGACUGGCAGGCAGGCAGAAACGCAGGCGGACAAACUGCUCAGAAAACAUGUUUUGAUUCUAACAGACAGACCAAUUGACUGACGGAAAGACACAGACAGGCAGUCAGACAGGGAUACAGACAUGUGGGCAGACAGAUAGACAGAUAGACAGACAGGCAGGCAACAAAAGGAAACGCAGGCAGGCAGACAUGGGUAACAUGGGUAACUCCAUCCGCUGCCCAGAGCUCUGCCCCAAACCGGACUCAACGCAAGUCUUCACCUCACUGCAUGACUACCCCUGUCGCACCCUCGGAGACUUGACCCUGCGUAAGGGAGACAAGCUGGAGGUGAUCGCUGAGACGACUCACUGGUUAUACGUCCGUAGGACCAGGGAGGAGGGACACAUGGAGAAGCAGAGUGGUGAUGAGGCCAAUAUCCCUGACCCGGAGCAGGGAUACGUCCCUCGGAUUUUUGUCAGACCUCUACACAGUUUGGAAGCACAACCUUGGUAUUUUGAAAGUAUAACCACCCGCCUGGAGGCUAAGCGCUGUCUUCUAAGACCUGAGAACUCCGAGGGGGCCUUUCUUGUGUCAAAGAGGCGGGACAACCAUAAAUAUUUCCUGUCAGUGAAAAGUGGAACGGUGGCCAGACACUACAAAAUCCAGGAAGGAGAGGAUGGAAUGUACUUCCUGGUUAAGAGGAAAAAGUUCCAGAAUCUAAUAGAACUGGUAAAAUACUAUUCUAGAGACCCUGAUGGACUCUGCUGCCGACUAGAACAGCCCUGCAUACAGUUGGACUGUCCCACGGUGGCCACUCUCUCCUAUGAGGAGCAGUGGGAGGUGGAGCGUACCACUCUAAUGUGGGUCGAUCGCCUGGGCAGUGGGGAGUUUGGGGAGGUGUGGAGUGGACUCUGGAACACUACCACUCCUGUGGCUAUAAAACAGUUUAAAGAGCUCAGUGAAGAUAUCCUGAGAGAGAUUGAGAUCAUGAAGGGGCUUCAUCACAAGCGGUUGCUAAGGCUGUACGGGGUCGUUACCACGGGAGAACCUGUUUGUAUCAUCACAGAGCUGAUGAUAAAUGGAAGCCUGAGCAAGUUCCUCAAAGAGCACAGACAGAUUGGAGACAUCCCCUUCACCCUCAUGCUGGACUUCGCUGUUCAGGUGUCAGAGGGCAUGGAAUAUCUGGAAACCAAAAAGAUAGUUCACAGAGACUUGAGAGCAGAUAACAUUCUGCUGACCGAGAUGCUAAGCUGCAAGAUCGCUGAUUUUGGUCUAUCUCAGUUCACUUUCCCUGGGGACGAGAAGGUUUUCAAAGAUACAAAGGUUCCUCUUAAGUGGAUGGCUCCUGAGAUCUUCAGAGGGGAGCCUUACACCAGUAAGAGUGACGUCUGGUCCUUUGGGAUUCUGUUGAUGGAGAUCAUCACAUAUGGAGAGGAGCCCUAUCUAGUAUUUAUUCAGUGUGUGUGUAUGCUGACAGAGUUGACUACGGCGAUGGUGGUUAAGAGCCUUGUAGAAGGGUACAGGAUGCCAUGCCCCCCCUCCUGUCCCGUGGACUUCUAUGACAUCAUGGAUCUCUGCUGGAGGCCAGACCCCUGGCUGAGACCAGCCUUCCUGAGCGUCAUCCACAGGCUGACAACCCUGGCCCCAGAAUCCCUCACUGCACUGGAAUAAAACCCUCCAGCUCCAUAAUGCACCGUGGCGGUAGAGACUUCCAGUGUUUAAUAUGAACCGUUGAAUGGUUGCAUGAAGUGAACGGAAGAUGAGACUAUGGUGGGGCUGCUUUGGGGGACUAAACCAAGAUCCCCAGGGCAUUUAAUCCCACUGAGCAGAGGGUUUAGAGACCAGUCCUCAUCACCAUGGAGGCCAGCCUGCACGAGACACAACAAAGCCGAUAUCAUCUAAAAUCCACCACAGCUCUAUAAAAAACAAUGUGGUUUUCCAUCAUGGAAUCGUACUGGCAUACAACACAAAGCUGUGAAUUAACUGUGAAUGUUUUAAAAUGGAUUUGUUCAAAUUCUACUUUAUGAUUGAUUGUUUUGAACAUGUUUUGAAUUUCCUUUGAAAUUAUUAAGGGAACUGAAUUGAAUCAAUUAGCAAAUUAUGUGAGACACUAAUCUUAGAAGUUAAUGCAUCAAUAGUUGUAUGUGAUUGCAACAUCUCUGCGCAGUUAGGGGGCAGUGUAUCUACACAAAAACAGCUGCCUGUUCUCUUUCAACACCGUUGAAGCCGUUUGAGUCAUGUGAGUAUUCCUGUUGGGUACUUCUUUUGAGGAAGAAAUAUUCUUUGCUUGGAAAUCCUUCCUUGUCUGUCUCUCUUUCUGUGCUUUCGUCCACCCUCAUGCACUCACCCUGACACUCCCUACCAAGAUGCUAAAUCUGAUCCAGAUCAGACUCACGUAAUGUAACCUAAAUCCCCAAAGAACACACACAACAAUACACACUCUCUCUUUCACACACACAUCAGACACAAUCUCUCUCUCUUGUGCUCUCUCUCCCACACACACACACACACACAGGUGGGGGAUUAGAGUGACGUACGACUGUCUCUUCUGGGGGACUGAGCCACUUUGAGUGCGCCAAAAAGGUUUUCCUUUCACAGCUCCAAACAAACAUAUUUACAGUAUAUAAUACAGCAAUGGCUGCCUACAAUCCCCCUGUGUGGCCUCGUGGUAGUUCAGUUAGACUAACCUCCUGUAUCAUCUACUUUGUGGAAGUGAUGAAAUGCAGUGUCUUGCCUCUGUAUUCAGUGGGUUUACAUGUAAUACAUCGCACUGGCAAUUAAAUCAGGAUUUCUUUU